AAUCAAGAAACUUAUAUCAAGAUACUCAAAUACACAAGAAAACAUUAAAAGGAAUAGUGCAAGCUGAAGAAUGCAAUGCUUCGUAAAGAUGAUGUUGAAAAUAAAACUUAAAUGUUGGGCAAACAUGUAUGCAAUCCUACAUGGCAUCCGACCCUGUGAACAUGUUGGCAAAUUUGUUCAUAUUAUGUCCACGUGGCAUUGAGAUCAAUUUUAAUAGGGUGUACCCGUAUUCAAUCCUAGGUGGCAUCCAACGUUGCACCUAGCAAAAUUUGUUCAUAUUUUGUCCACGUGGACUUCUAUUUGAUUUUAUUUUUGUAGAGAAAAAAUGACAUGUGGAUGCCAUGUCAGCACCACCACAUGGACAUAAUAUGAACAGAGUAUAUCAGCAGAAUGCCAAAUUGAUCCCAAUAGUGUAACUGAAAACGCGUUACAUGUCUAGUGGCUUAUCGAGUCGAUUUAAAUGAUUGGUGACUUAGAGCAUCCACAAUAUGAGUUUUUUUAAGCCAAAAAGCUCUUCAAAUUAAUAUUGAGAGAGAGAGAGAGAAAGAGAGAGAGAGAGAGAGAGAGAGAGAGAGAGAGAGAGAGGAGCUUUUUCAGAUUAAAGUUUUUUCAAGUUGCUUGUUAAUUGACAAGCUCUUCCCAUAAAAAGCUAAGUGAAAAAGCUCUUCAAUUGUGGAGAGUGGAGAUAAGGAACUUUUUCAUUUGAAGCUUCAAUAAAAAAGCUCGCCUAUUGUGGAUGCUCUUAGGGGCUGUUUGGUAAAUCGUGCUGAAUGCCAAACUGAAUGGUUCCAACCUCUUAACGGUUAAGAGAAGGCAAGCUUUCUUAACCGUUCAGAGGCGGUUCCAUGGUUUUUGGUUCAUUCGGAGGAUGAACCAAAAACCAAACACAUUGAAUGAAUGCUUGAGCAUUCAUUCAGAGGUUACCAAACAGCCCCUUAGACAACAUAAGAUGAAUAGUUGGUUGCCAAUUUAAGACAUUGGUAUAAAAUACAUUCAACUUAUGAGAUUCACAAUCACCGCCGUAUUGCUGCCAGUCAGCACCAGAAUUCUGGCGGAACUUGGAUCCAUACUGGAAAGGAACAGGCAGACCAAUGCGUCGCUACUUUCAUCUGGAUGGAAGUCAAACUGCGGAUCCUGGUGACAAGGUGUGGGGUGGACAUGAGUGUUGUUACUCCAUUGUUACAAGUUUCUUGGCAGAUGGGAAGAUUAGGAAGCAUUAUGUUAGGAUCAACAGGUGGCCACAGAUGUUGAUUUCAAGGGGAUGUGAUUGGGGGUGGAAGAUGUCUAAUGAGCUUUUCUGCUACUCGAGUGUUCCAGAUGCUGAAAAAAAAGGUGGCACUGGUCCUUGUUUUGUUUGAUAGUUUGUGAGAUUUUGUGUUAUUUUGUUGUUUAAAUGUAGUUGAAUCUGUUUGUUUGGUUGAUAGUGAUUGUGAAUUUGUGUUUGUUGGUAAUGUAUGAAUGUAAAAUAAAUAAUGAUUUGCUUGUUAAAAUAAAUACUCCAUUGUUUCAUUUUUUUUCUACUUUCCCUAAGUUUGUUUGUAAGUGGAUUUAUA